AUGAAAAGGUAUGAAAGGCCAUUUCUUCACUUUGUAAAGGACGAUUUCCUAUCUCCCUCUGAUGUUGAAGCAAUACGAGAUGUACAUGGAAGAUGUGCAUUUCAAGAACUUCAUACAGAUCUGUUCCGGUUUUUGCAGACUGGCGAGCUGAAAGAAAGAGAGGAUCUUGCGUUCUUCAAAAGCUCUUUGAUGAAGGUUUUUGAGGAAAUCGGAGAUGAGAGAGGAGGAUGGAUAGAUCUAUUUGGCUCUUACUAUAGGAAAGGAGAUUAUCUUCUGUGCCACGACGACAAGACGGGGAGUAGAAGAUUUGCUUUCAGUUAUUACCUAGAGGAUUACGAUUCUGGUGAACUUAUUCUUUAUGAGAAUGAUUGCAUGACCGUUUCGAAGAGAGUUGAGGUGAAGGCAAACAGAUUGGUAGUAUUUGAAGUUUCUGACAUAUCAUUCCAUGAAGUUGGGUAUUGUGAAAAAGAUGGGAGACGGGCAUUUACUGGGUGGCUGAACUUUGCAGGAAUAAAGCACGACGGUGGUAGUAGAUCCAUGGAUGUACUCGGAAUAACCGGAUAUGAGACCUUUCCGUUGGAAGUAGAUUUCAGAGAGAGUUCCUUUGUAUUCUUUCCGGGUGUAGAGUAUGAUUUUGAAUGUGUCUCAAGAAGUGUUGAAGGGCCUUUUUACUUGCGGAGAGUGGAAAGAAUAGAGAUUAGCAAUCCCUUAGUUCCUACCAUGGAGGGUUGGAAGCUUAAGGAUGGAGGCUUCUAUCAUUUCAGAGUGGGAGAUUACAUACUUCUGAACGAUAGAUGUAAUACAGUGGAAGGAAAUGUAUGCGACCUGUUCUUUAUAGAAGGAGAAGAGGCUGCCUGCUGCGAUAACUCAGAAGUGUUUAAAGACCCAAUCAACCCAGUCAAGUACCUAGACGAAGAGGGAAGAUUUGUAUGCGGACUUCCAAUAACCAAAGGAAUGUUUGCUAUCAAACGUGAUGGAUUCUCCCUAUUUGUGGAAAGGUGCAAUAAGGAAUUCUUUUUAGCACAUUUCAUCUACGUUCAAGAAGGUUGA